AUGCAAAGGUGCGGCGAGAUAAUAUUUCGCGACGAGACGGAGACAACCCUGAUUUAUAAUUCGAAGUCAUUUCACAGUUUCCGCCGCGUUUGGGCUUUCCAGCCUUCUUUCGGCCGCAGACCCUUUGUCAUUUUUCCUUUCGCCUGCUUGGUGGCUUAUGCAACGCCCUCCAUCCCCUAAGCCCAUGCCUCCCUUGGCCUCAAGCUGCUCGCCUCUGUCGCCGACGUCAGCGUAUCGCCGAAUGAGAGAAGAGGACUCGUGUUGGCGGGCAAGCGCGAGAUUUUGACUCGAAUAAUUCAUCGCACACACACGCACACCGCACACGUGCCACCCCGAGAAAGGCGGCUCCACAGCGGCGUCGGCAGCUAUACCAGGCGUACGCCCACGUGCACUUCUCCAAGACUUCCACGACCACCACAUCGCCAAGAAGACGCCCACCCCGGGCUUCUGCUGCACCUGUGGAGCCCCGCCGCCUGCCGAGAAGCUUCCCCUCGACGAGUUCAAGACGCUCAUCUUCGCCCUCAGCAACGCCCCCGGCUGCGCCAACCUCAAGGUACGUUCGCGUGCGCAGAGGAGAGAGCAGCAACUUGAAGAGAAGGAAUGAACCCGUCGCCAUUCGUCUGUCAUCAUGUCUGUCAUGUGUUGGUUUUAUUGUGUGUGCGUGUUGCCCGCAGGGCAGGGAGGCAGCGCAACUGGUCACGGAGGACAACGUGCACCAUCUCGCCUUCAUGGUGAUCGAGCGGGCGGCGGCCACUGAGAGGAGCGAGGACCGCGCCACCCUCGCGACGUUCCUCGACGCCAUCGAUCCCCUACAGCCAAUCUUCUUCGCCACACUCAAGACCAGCCGGUUGGUGAUGAAGGCCAUCGACCAUCUGUCAAGCUACGCCACCAGCAGCCCCACGGCCGACGACGCCAAGUACAGGAAGACACUGGCGAACCUCGUUGACUUUGCCGGCAAGCUUCUCGCCAAGCUGGACCAUGUUGUUUGCGCUUGGGAUCGAGGUAUGAGCGAUCUCUUGAAGAAGGGAAGGGGGAGGAUGGUCAUGUGUGUGCCUGUUGUGCCCGUUUGUGUGGGUGCGUGCAUUCAGGAGCCACCCCGCGAUGCCGCAUUCACCGACCAGGAGCAGAUGCAGCGAGAAAUGUCGCUGCUGGCGCAGUUCUCCCCCGAGCAGCAGGCCGACAUGUAUCGGAAGGAGCGGCAGGUCAACGAAGGAGACGCUGAGGUGAGAUGGAUGUGCGCAAAUGACAUACAUGUGCAUUCACACAAUGACACCCUGGUCUGGUCUCCCCUCCCCCUGUCUGUCGGUCUUGUCAGCUGGAGGACAGGCUCGCCCGCCGCACUGAGGAGCUGGCCAAGCAGUACCAACAGAUGACGAACACCGAGGUGGGUAAGUGGGUGGGUGGGUGGGUUGAGUGAGUGUCACCUAGACAGAUGCGGGCAAGCUCACUUGCUCACUUGCUCACUCGUGAGUACAGUACAUCUGUGUGUGUGUGCGUGUGUGUGUGUGUGUGCAGAAGGAGGAGGAUGGGGAGGAGGAGGAUGGGGAGGUGCCCGAGUGGUUCAACGAGCCCCUUCCGGAGACCCCCUCGCUGCCGGUAGGCAAGACACCCCACAAUCAAAAUGUGUGUGUGUGUGUGUGCAUCUUGGUCGUUUGUAUCACUUGGCCACCCAGCCGCCGCAGCAGCCCCAAACCUUCUCCCGCUGA